UUAGAAUUACUAGAGUCGGAUCUAGGAAACAUCCCAUCUUUUCAAGGAAACUCAACGUUGAUAACAUCUGAGUUGAUGAGACGGAUGUUGUUUCUCAUACCCACGUUGACUAGUCAUGAAGAUUUUGAUGCUACAGCUUUAGAGCUCUGUUUGAACAUUUAUUGGACCACUUUCCAUAUACAAUAUCCAAUCAUUCACAAACCAUCAUUCAAUACUCUUACGGCACCACCAAUAUUGAUACUUGCAAUGGUUUUAAUGGGGGCUGCGCUCUCAAAUUCAAUCGGGAAUCCUUUCAAGGACCCUCUAGGUAUGGCUAUGGAAAUAGGUAUCCCCUUGAGAUGGCUAAUAUUCAAACAUAGAUCACCAGGAGCCUCUGAACCAUGGGAGAUUCAAAGCUUACUAAUCCUUGAAGUCUUUGAGAAGCAUUAUUCUUCAAGAGACUUACAUGAACGGUCAUCGGUUCACUAUGCUGCUAAGAUAGAAAUGAUGAAGAGAAGUACAGUACUUGGUGGUGACCCUUAUGCUACUGAAAGUAAAUCCCACACUGAAUUGAAUGAAACUGAUCAGUAUGUGUUGUGGAAUAAAUGGAUCCACGCAGAAUCUAUGAAAAGGUGUGCCUUGAUGGCUUUUUGCUUUGAUCUUAAUAGUUUAAUAACGUCUGGACAUCAAGCUUCCUUGUAUGUCAACAAAUUGAGAUUGGGAUUGCCAUGUGAUGAUUGUUUAUGGGAGGCCGAUAUAGAUACUUUGAAAAAUCUUGAACUACCCAAGAAUCCCGAAAUGGUUUUGACUGCUUUGAAGAAGUUACUAAAGGGUGAGAAAGUUCAAACCAAUUCAUUUGGGAAAAAAGUUAUGUUAUUUGCCGUUGUAUCUUUGAUGGUUCAGUUUGAGUUGAGAGAUGAAACAAUGGCCAUGAUUACUGAUGAAUCAACUAGUGAUAUACUGAAAGAUGUCUGGAGAGACAAAUUAUCUUAUGCGUUGGAUUCUUGGAAAUAUAACGUUAAUGAAGGUUCGUGUUGUGAUGUUAGCACGCUGCUGGUUGAUUUAAGAGUGAGGAAAGCCGAUUCAGGAACUGUUUAUUUCGAUUUGAAUGAUACCAAGUGCAAAUAUCCUUCAUACCACAUGGCACAAAUUAGGUUAAGAAUAGUCAACCAUGACAUGUUGAUUCUUGCAGGUUUACCUCUGAGAAUGAGUGUCAAAGUGGAUGACAAGGAUUAUAAAAAUGUUGAAAUGAGAUUGAGAAAAUGGGCAAAAUCAUUAGAUGGAAGAGUAUCUGUUGUCCAUGCUUAUUUAUGUGUUAUUGAAUGUCUAUUGAACUUUCAGGAUGGUGUUAUUGAUUAUAGACCUGAUAAGGAUCCUGUGCACGAGAGGGCCCAUAUUAUUAAUGCAUCAGUUAUGAUUAUUUGGUGUUAUAACUUUUUGGAGAGAGGACCGGAGAGUGAUAAAUUUAAUGAAGGCUUGGAGGAAUACAAUGAAGAUGCUUUUGAUUAUUUGGUGAGAAUUAAAGAAGAGCUGGAUAGAAAUCUGGUUCUGGACAGAGGUGCCUUUGAGUAUCAUAUGAGCAUAAGGAAAUGUGCUGCAAAUUUAUCAAGCAUUGAUAAUUUGAAUAACCUUGCAAGCUUUUUCAACAUUGUCUCAAGUCUAUAUACCCAGUGUUUUUGGGAGUUAGGUGUCGAAUAUUCAAGACUACAUCAUCAUUGUAAGGAAAGGUUUAUGGGGAAACAAGAUCCAUUUUGUAAAGAUAUGUAUAAU